AGUGACGCUCGCCCCGCGACGUCACGGCAGGCCAGGACUGUGAAUUCCAGAAGUGCUGUUUUUUAAUUUUUCUUAUUUUAAGGAAGAAGGCACUGUUUUGAUGUAGCGCUGUCUUUCCCCGCCUCCCUCUAAACGCAGGGCAAAAACAAUGACGUCAUGGCAGUUCCACCAGCAGCCAACAAGUGGACACAUUGAGUCAGAUCUGUUCAGAUGGACUAGGUGUGCUGGUGUUCCUAAUGAACUGGCUGGCGAUGUCGUACUCCUAAGGGAGUAGGUGAGGACCAACUCUCUACAGAUUGACAGCAUCCAGUGGCUAGUAAGUGCCAUCUGCUGUAUCGAGUGAAGUACUGCUCCUCAUGCACAAUGCCCACCUGAGGAAAACGGUGACUUCAUGUCUGCCCUCUCGCCUUCCGUAAGAUGAUCCGUCCUCCCCCCACCCCGAGGACGACGGGAGGGCACACCGAGCGGGCCACCGCCGUGAACUCUGCGACACCUGCGGGUGCGGUGGGAGUGAACGAGGGCGAAAGAGGAAGAGGAGGAGGAGGAGGAGGAGGGCGGACGAGUUCGUGGACGCGAGUCCACGAAGAGAGAGGCUGCUGUCAUUGGUUUUCUCAAUGAGACAUCAGCCCCCUCCCCACCUCCCUUACCCCCCUCCCUCCCUCCCUCCCUCCCUAGAAGAGACGAGAAGAGAAGAUUGAAGCUCCGGCGGGUUAACGUCGCUCCAUCCGGCCGCUUAACGCCACGCUUUGCUCGGCUCAUCCCAACAAGUGGAGCCGGGGCUGGUGGGGGGCGGGGGGAGGCGAGAACGGACAUUUUUUGUUUGUUUGUUUGUUUGUUUAUUUUUCCUCCCCUUCCCGCAGAGUCGACCUUUUUUUUUUUUUUUUUUUGUAAUUUAAAAAAAAAAAAUAUAUAUAUAUAUAUAUAUAUAAGGUGGUGUAGGGGAAAGUUAAAAAACCACGCGCAAGCAUGAGCGACCUGGACGAGGACUUUGCCAAGAUCCUGCUGCUCAAGGAGGAGAGGAUCCGCGAGCUGGAGCGGCGUCUGCUGGACCGCGACGACGAGGUGCACGAGCUCAAGAGGAAGCUGCACAAGUGCCAGUCGGUGCUGCCCAGCGCGCAACUUCUGGGCCCCAGGACCCGGCGAGCGCAGGGCAUCUCGGCCGAGCCCCAGACCCACCAGGACGUGUCCAGGCACACCUUCCGCAAAUACGCCAAAACCGACUGGUCUAAGGAUCUGAUCAAAGAGGCCAUCCUGGACAACGACUUCAUGAAGAACCUGGAGCUGUCGCAGAUCCAAGAGAUCGUGGACUGCAUGUAUCCCGUGGAGUACGGAAAGGACAGUUGCAUCAUCAAGGAGGGCGACGUGGGCUCGCUGGUGUACGUCAUGGAAGACGGGAAGGUGGAGGUGACGAAGGAGAGCCUGAAGCUGUGUACCAUGGGCCCCGGGAAGGUGUUCGGAGAGCUGGCCAUUCUCUACAACUGCACCAGGACCGCUACUGUCAAAACGCUGACAAACGUGAAGCUGUGGGCUAUCGACCGGCAAUGUUUCCAGACCAUCAUGAUGCGGACGGGUCUCAUCAAACACACAGAGUAUAUGGAGUUUUUGAAAAGCGUUCCCACCUUCCACAGCCUUCAGGAGGACAUUCUGAGCAAGGUCGCCGACGUCCUUGAGGAGACCCAUUACGAGGACGGCGAGUACAUCAUCAGACAGGGGGCCAGAGGAGACACGUUCUUCAUCAUCAGUAAAGGAAAGGUUAAUGUGACCAGGGAGGACUCGCCCAACGGAGAGCCCGUCUACCUGCGCAGCCUCGGGAAGGGAGACUGGUUCGGAGAAAAGGCGCUGCAAGGGGAAGACAUCAGGACUGCCAAUGUUAUUGCAGCAGAAGCGGUCACCUGCCUCGUCAUUGAUCGAGACUCAUUUAAGCACCUGAUUGGAGGCUUAGAGGACGUGUCCAGCAAAGGCCAUGAGGAUGUUGACGCCAAAGCAAAGUAUGAAGCCGAGAAUGCGUUUUUCUUCAAUCUCAAUCUGGCUGAUUUCAACAUCAUCGACACUCUGGGGGUCGGCGGCUUUGGGCGUGUGGAGCUGGUUCAGCUCAAAAGCGACGAGAACAAAACCUUCGCCAUGAAGAUCCUCAAGAAGCGGCACAUCGUCGACACCAGGCAGCAGGAGCACAUUCGCUCGGAGAAACUCAUCAUGCAGGAGGCCCACUCUGAUUUCAUUGUUAGACUCUAUAGGACGUUCAAAGACAGCAAGUACCUCUACAUGCUGAUGGAAGCUUGCCUCGGAGGAGAACUGUGGACCAUUCUUCGAGACCGAGGUUCAUUCGAGGACUCGACCACCAGGUUUUACACAGGCUGCGUGGUGGAGGCCUUCGCCUACCUACAUUCCAAAGGCAUCAUCUACAGAGACCUCAAACCUGAGAACCUUAUACUGGAUCACAGGGGUUAUGCCAAACUGGUGGACUUUGGUUUUGCCAAGAAAAUUGGCUUUGGGAAGAAAACGUGGACUUUCUGCGGGACGCCUGAGUACGUAGCGCCGGAGAUCAUCCUGAACAAGGGCCACGACAUCUCCGCCGAUUACUGGUCACUAGGAAUCCUCAUGUUUGAGCUCCUGACUGGCAGCCCUCCGUUCUCGGGCCCCGAUCCAAUGAAGACCUACAACAUCAUCCUGAGAGGCAUCGACAUGAUCGAAUUCCCAAAGAAAAUUACCAAAAAUGCUGCCAACUUAAUCAAAAAGCUAUGCAGGGAUAAUCCUUCUGAGCGGCUGGGAAACUUGAAAAAUGGUGUCAAGGACAUCCAAAAGCACAAGUGGUUUGAGGGCUUUAACUGGGAGGGCUUGAAGAAGGGGACGCUGACGCCUCCUAUCAUCCCCAAUGUAAGUGCAAAGCGCUCUCGCUGUGUUAUUGCUGUCGCUACGUACGUGCGUGCAGCAGCCAGACGACGCGCUGCGCUCUUAUUCCUCGUCAGGUCACAUCAGCAGUCGACACGAGUAACUUCGACAGCUUCCCGGAGGACAACGAGGACCCGCCGCCCGACGACAACUCCGGUUGGGACGUCGAUUUCUGAAGCUCUCCUGCAAGCUCCCCGGUGGAACCAAAAGAAUCUCUUCUUUUGUUGGAAUGGAGGCCAUGCCGAGGACAUGGCUACGUCGUCAAAAUAACAACAAAACAAAAAAAGCCGAUAUGGAGAAGAAGUACAAAUGUAGAAUUAAGGGAUGGAUGGAUGGAUGGAUGGAUGGAUGGGCACGCUCUACUGGGUCACCGAUAUGCCUUUAUUUCACUGUGGCCCCGGGUCAAGCAUUUAUAGCGGGACAGCUGUAGCACAUGUUCGGUGUUGUCUUACACUCGACUCUGAGGCGGAGAAAGUGCAGGGAUACACAUGCGCGUGCGCGCGCGCGCACACAAAAACAUGGCUGAUGACCGAGCCAACGUUCGCAUGUGACGGGCUGGCGAAUGUUUCUUUAUCUGUUUUUUUUUUUCUUGUUGUUCUUUUCUUUUUUCAAGGAUAAAUACGUUUGUGAAAAUGUACAAUGUUGCGUUCCGAUCAUCUGCUGGCUUUCUACGGUCGCUUCUCCCGUUGUAACAACAAGUGCUCUCGACUAACCUGAAUGUCACCAAUUGCCGCAUUACAUAGUAUUGAACGUUUGAAAGGAGACAUAUUAUGCAUCCCCCCAAACCCGCCCCCCGCCCCCACCCCACCCCACAGCUGAAAGGCCAUAUCCCCACCACAAAAAGCCAGUGCCCAUAAACGUUUGAUCGCGGGAGCAGCACUUCAUCAUCAAGCUGCCGAAUUACACUUUGUCAAUUAGUGUAUCGGAUCCUGCACGUGGCGCAUGCAGCGGACACGUCGCCAUUUUCCAUUUUAGGCAACUUAGUGAUAAGCGUGUGUUGGUUAUCAGAAGCUAACACUGGAAACACUGUUAGCUAAUGCUAAUCUAAUAUGUGCUAUCUCAGGCAAAUGAGCCUCUGUUCAGCCCCCUCACAAUGUGGCAAAUGGCGAGUACAGCGUUUUUGACCUUGCCUGACGAAAUGGAGCUCAUCACCUCUGUUCAACAAAGUUGAAGAUGCCACCAAGUUGCCACCAGAUGUCGCCAAAGCAAUUUUUUUUUUACAUUUGAGCAUAAAAACAGCUCAUCGUUUUUUUUGUUUUUUUUUACAUCUAAUAACAGAGGUUCGGUUCCCCUUAAAAAAUCAGCAAAUGAAAUGAUGCUCUACAAUGUUAUGUUAAACAGCAUAAGAGUCCAUUGAAUAAAAUGAAGCUCUGGUAGGUUGACGCUUCCAGGGAAGUGGCUCUCCUCGGAACCUGUACGGAAUCCGUACGGCAACAGCCUCAGGUCGCUCAUCACUAGCACCCUAUCCGAGGGGGUAGGAUUAAGGAGAAGCGGCAGUAAAACAGGCCAAAAUCCAGAUUAAAGGCAGGAGACGAGUUGCAUACUAGGUGUGGUUUAACUGAAUGCGACAGUGUGGAAAUAAGUCAUAAAUCGUGUUUUAAACAUUUCUACAGAGGUAACCACUCUUAAUUUAAUGAAUAGGCCCAUUUGCGAAUGCCGGGGUUCAGGCAAUUGAUAAGUCAAGUUCCCAUAAUAUGUCCCCUUUAAGGUACAUUGUAAACACAAAAAGCACAAAAGUGUGUGCAGUCAAAGAAAGGAGACUCUCCAAGUGCCCUGUUUCGGAUGUCACCCAUCACACAGCUGACACGAGAAACGACAGCAUUUCCAUGAGGUGACGCGUCAUCCAAUAUGUACUCAUAACACCAUACACGCAUUUAUUUUCAGGCUUCCUCAGUCGACGAAGUUCGGAAAUCUUGUUUGUAAUGUCACAUGAGGAUGCUGCUAACACUCGGUCGUCCUCCAUCGCGCCUGUAUAGCUCUUAACUGUGAACGAGGUGUCAAUCAAUGUCUUUGGUGCUCUUAUCGAUUCAUGACCACAAAAAGAGACGGUGACAUGAUAGUAAUAUUUGGUUGGCUUUUUUUUUUUUUGUACAGUGAUUACCCUCCUUUCCUGUGCUUGCUUUUUUUUAAUUUUUACUAUUGGAUAUUUUGUGCAGAAGUUUUUUUUCUUUUCUUUUUUUUGGGGGGGGGGUGUAUUUUGGGUAAUAUUUUCAUCCAUCACAUCUGUAUGAUGUUCAAAACGUCAUAUUGUCACCUCUCACGUCCCAACAAUCAAGAGCAUAAAAUGGAAGUGCCUUAAAUCAACGGCAUGCAAAUCAUCGUCACAAGGCCUUUUUGAUGCUGCAUGAACACACACACAUACACGCACACCUUAAAACUACACCUCGUCCGAAAGAUAAUCGCUUCACGUAAGCCACAUACGAAUUAAAACUCCAUCACGUACGACUGCAAUGACACGCUUUUCACGUCAAUAUGAAAUCAAAACAUCAUAGAAGCAGGAAUGAUUUGCGGUUGUAAACCUACAUUAUUAUUAUUUUUUUAAAUUUAAAUAUUUGGGUCAUGUGUCAUGUGUUUCGUACAUGACACCAUGUUGAGGAAAGAAAUCAAAUGGCAGACUAGAAUAGGCACAAGUAUUUAUUAUGAUGAUUAUGAUUAUGAAGGUGGUUUUUGUUUUUCAGCCUUAUCAUAUUGUACACUCACUUGUCAAUUCAUUGGGAGCGCCCACAUUAAAACGAUCAAGUGGAAUGCAACAGCUGUGCCAUUUGCUCCCCAAAUGCAGUAAAUGAUAGUUAUUGUUAUUGUUUAUUUAUUAUUGGUCAUAAGUUAAAUACAGUAAGGCAAUUGGGUUAUACUGUGUGUGUUUUUUUUUUUUUUUUUUAAAUAUAGGUUGAUCUAAAACACUGAUAAGUGAGUGGAUUCAUAUCAUAUUUGAACUAUCUUCUCUGCAAUGUCCAUCUUGCCAGAUAUUUGCCUUGUGUUGUUUUUGUUUUGUUGCUGUAAAUUAAUUUUUCAAAGUGCCACGUGUAUGAAUUUUUUUUUUUAAUUAUAGAGUAAAAAAAAAAAAAACGA